CAGCUACUGUCACUGUGGAUGUGGAGGAUGUGAAUGAAGCCCCCAUAUUUGAACCUGUCAAGAAGGUAGUGGAUGUGCCCGAAGACCUAGGUGUGGGUCUGGAAGUCACAUCUUACACUGCCCGAGAGCCAGACUUAUUCAUGCAACAGAAGAUUACGUACCGGAUCUGGAGGGACAGUGCCAACUGGCUGGAGAUUAACCCAGAGACUGGUGUCAUUUCCACUCGGGCUGAGAUGGACAGGGAAGACUUGGAGCACGUGAAGAACAGUACAUACACAGCGCUCAUCAUCGCCACAGACGAUGGUUCGCCCAUUGCCACGGGCACAGGAACUCUUGUCCUGGUCCUUUCUGACAUCAAUGACAAUGCUCCCAUCCCAGAACCCCGAAGCAUGCAGUUCUGCCAAAGGAACCCCCAGCCUCAUGUCAUCAACAUCAUUGAUCCAGACCUUCCCCCCAACACGUCCCCGUUCACUGCUGAACUCACCCAUGGGGCCAGCGUCAACUGGACCAUCGAAUACAACGACCCAGCCCAAGAAUCUCUGAUUUUGAAGCCAAAAAAGGCCUUAGAGUUGGGCGAUUACAAAAUCAACCUCAAGCUCAUGGAUAACCAGAACAAAGACCAGGUGACCACACUGGACAUCCUUGUGUGUGACUGCGAAGGAACUGUCAACAACUGCAUGAGGGCGGGUUACGUGGAAGCAGGAUUGCAAGUUCCUGCCAUCCUGGGCAUUCUUGGAGGGAUAUUGGCUUUGCUGAUUCUGAUCCUGCUGCUCCUAUUGUUUUUACGGAGGAGAUCGGUGGUCAAAGAGCCCCUGCUGCCCGCAGAUGAUGACACCCGGGACAACGUGUAUUACUAUGAUGAAGAAGGAGGUGGAGAAGAGGACCAGGACUUUGAUUUGAGCCAGCUGCACAGGGGCCUGGAGGCCCGGCCCGAAGUCACUCGAAAUGACGUGGCUCCCACCCUCCUGACUAUGCCCCAGUAUCGCCCCCGUCCUGCCAACCCUGAUGAGAUCGGGAACUUCAUCGAUGAAAAUCUGAAGGCAGCCGACGGCGACCCCACGGCACCCCCUUACGACUCUCUGUUGGUGUUCGACUAUGAGGGGAGUGGUUCAGAAGCCGCCAGCCUGAGCUCGCUGAACUCCUCCGAGUCGGAUCAGGACCAGGACUACGACUACCUGAACGAGUGGGGCAACCGCUUCAAGAAGCUGGCUGACAUGUAUGGUGGUGGCGAGGACGACUAAGAAGACGAGAGAGCGGCCCGUGGGUGGAGCCAUGGGCAA